AUGUCUGGGUUCCAUAAAAUUACAGAAUCAUGCUUAAGUGUUACAGGAACUAAAUUGAAGAACAAUUUACUAGUGUUAUCGUCUGGCAUUCCUUCUCUCGAUUAUGUUAUUGGUGGUGGAUUACCAACUGGAUUUAGAGAGGAAUAUUCGCCAGCAGAAAUAAAAUAUAUAAUACAUAUAUCUUUUACAGAAUCAGAUGUGUUGGGCAGCUAUAGUAGGGUGCUCACAAAAUAUUUUAUAGCUGAAGGUGUUGUUUGUAAACAUGAUUUGUUGCUUUUUUCUGCUGAUGAGAACCCAGAAGAAAUAGUCAAAGAGUUACCUCAGCCGUGUGUGGUACAAAAAGAUGAUAAAAUAAACAAAGUACCCCAAGAUGAGAUGAAAAUAGCAUGGAGAUAUGAAGGUUUAGCUCAGGUUGAGUCCUCCUUUGACGAUGAAACCAAUUUUGGUCAUCAUUUUGAUUUAAGCCGUUAUAUUGAUACAGAUACUAUUAAGAAAAGUAACAUUACAUAUUGUUUUUUAAAUCCAGUUGACAAUGGUAAAAAGGGUGCAUUCAAGAAUGGGCUUUUUACUCAAACUCUGAACAAAAUCAAGGAUGUUCUAGCCAAUGACUUAUACAGAAGAAGUAGUAAAAAGAAAAAUAUACUUAGAAUCAGUAUACACUUGCUAGGGUCUCCAAUCUGGAUGGCAAUGGAUUGUGAUGAAGAGCCCAUAGAUAAUAAAUAUGGCCAUGAUUUAAUAAAAUUCAUGUACUGUUUGAGAAUAUUACUAAGGGAUACAAAUGCUGUAGCUUUCAUUACAAUACCAUCUCAUUUAUUUGAUGAUGACCACAUAAUGAAUAGAUUGCUCUACUCAAUGGACAAUGCAGUGAGAAUAGAAUCAUUUGCUGGAUCAGAUAAAGAAACGAACCCAGUGUUCAAUGAAUAUCACGGCCUGUUCCAUUUAACAAAAUUAUCUGCAUUGUACUCUCUCGUGCCGUUUGUGCCUUCUAGUCUGGAUUUGGCAUUUAAACUUAAGAGGAAGAAGUUUGUUAUCGAGAAAUUGCAUUUGCCACCAGAACUCGAAGAGUCCAGCGAACGAGAACAAGACGACAUCACAGCGGUACCGCGAGGUUGCGGCGGUUUCAGAAAGAAAGAUAUAGAAUUUUAA